AUGGCUAUCAACCGCGAAGUGUUUAUCGCAUUCUAUGCCAUUCUGAUAUGUCUCGGUGUACCAGGCAACGUCAUGAUAUUAGCAGGAUACUCAAGGAAGAAAGUUAAGAACGGCACUGAUAUUUUCAUCAUGGGUCUCGCAGAAGUCGAUUUGUUCUCAUCCCUCUUUAUCAUAGCCAAGUUUCGUCCUUGGGCGAGUAGCAACAGUUUCUGCCAGUUUCAAUUCUUCUUCACCGUAUGGAUAGCCGUUGCCCAAAUGGCGGUGACUCUCGCGAUAAGUGUCGACCGGUUCUUCGCAGUUUGUCGGCCGAUCCACCGACGACCGCGCGUCAAAACUGCUAUAGCCAUCAUGGUACUCUGCCUGCUCGGUACCUUGCUGCUGUCUGGCCCAUCCUUAGCUGCGGCGCGGUAUGACCCGGUCAUCAAGGAUUGCCUGUACAGCCCGGAAUUGAAAUGGUUUACAACCUACGAUCGAUAUGUUGUCCAGAGCUUUAUGGUGCUCGUGCCUUGCCUUUUGACCGCGGUGUAUACACGUAUCGUCUUUGCGUUGCGUCGGCAGACGAAGAUCCGAGCAGCUCUAACCGUCAGCGAACCCUCGAGAACAGUUGCGGAAGGCAACGCGGCUCUACCCGGUGUCUCCGGUAGUGGUCCCGGUCGAAGUGCGUCAGGUUCUGCUGAUACCAACGAAAGGAACUCAUCAGACAGGGAACAUGUCUUAAGAAAGUUCUUGUCUCUCUCUAACGCCAAGCCUAAUGAUACCCUAGAAGAAGUUCAUCCUGCAAAUAAACCUGUAAAUACCGCCACCCAGUCACUACCUCAGCGCAGCAACGUCACUGCAGUGCAACCGGGCGCUGCUACCGCUACCGCUCCGGUAGAUACAACCGCUGCUGGGCGGCAAGGGGAGAAUCGUCUGACGCUGAUGCUUGGCUGGGUGACCGCGUUUUACGUCGUCAGUUGGUUACCGGCGAUCAUAGGACGUUACCUCCCGGUUGAAAUACGUCGUGAUUUCAUGAGCCGAUCGGAUUUACACCACACUGUAUACGCCAUAUUUUUUCGUCUGUACGAAAUCAACUCGGCCAUUAACAUUUUCAUCUACUGGCCACUCAACAGGCGCUUUCGACAGAAUUGUAAAGAGAUUUUCAUUCAAAUCAAGAAUUGUACAUCAUGA